CCUCAACACUUGUUCUGAUCAGCUGGAACAAUAACAACAAUAACACAGUCGGUUUGGCGCUCAGAUUAUAACUUUUAUGGAUGGAAUUCAGUCAAGGUGAUCAACAAGAUGAUCCAUAUAAUUUGUUUAUAGGAUAUGUAGAUUUUUUGUGGGGGAAUUAUUUGCCAUUAUUUCGGUUUUUGUCGGAUUGGUUCCUCGGUAUGCUGACCAAACGAGAUGGUGAAGAACUGAGUUGGCUGAGAUGACUUGUGUCAGAAGGUGCUGAAAGUAGCAUAUCAAGCCUUUGGACUUGAAUUCUGCCACAAAAGACAAUUUAGGGGACUAUAGAGCACCCCGGCUGUGUGUGCCAUGUCAGAGGCACUCGUAUCAGGUCAGACGUCGGAGGAUCUUUUGGCAGACUUUGAGUCUCUUUUGAAUGCUGGGAGUAUUGACCUAUCAGAGAACCACCAGAUAGUCAUAAUUUCUACCCCCAGCAAUGUGGGCUUAAACUCAGCUGUACCCAGCAACACUGGAGAGAUCCUCCUGUUCGCGACCCCCCAAGGCCCUGCGGAUGUGGUCCAGGACCAGCGACGGCCAACUCUGGGACGACCUCCGGUGAAGAGGAAGCUGGACUUGGACAGUGAUCACCAGUAUGUCAGCACCUCUCGCCCACCUUCUCUUGGGAGGGCCCCAACGUCCACACCAGCACCACCCAGAGUUCCAAAGCCUUCGACAGAGAAGUCUCGCUAUGACACAUCUUUGAACCUGACCACCAAGCGCUUCUUAGACCUGCUAGCCCAGUCUCCUGACGGGGUGGUGGACCUCAACUGGGCCUCACAGGUCCUGGAAGUGCAGAAGAGACGCAUCUAUGACAUCACCAAUGUCUUGGAGGGUAUCCAGCUCAUCUCCAAGAAAUCAAAGAACAACAUACAAUGGCUGGGGAACCGCAUUGAUGGAGCGUCUGAUUCCCGUUACCAGGACCUACAGAAAGAGGUCUCUGAUUUGACACAGGCUGAGGAGAAACUGGAUGAGCUUAUUACCAAGUGUAACCUCCAGCUCAGACUCCUCACUGAGGAUACCCAGAACAAGAAGCUGGGUUAUUUGAUGUGCCAGGAUCUACGGAAGUCUUUUGACUCUCCUGACCAGCUGGUGAUGGUCAUCAGAGCCCCUCCAGAGACUCAGAUGCAAGUGUCAGAGCCCAGUGAGGGCUAUCAGGUCUCCCUGAAGAGCACCCAGGGUCCCAUUGAUGUCUUCCUGUGUCCAGAGGACAUUUCUGGUGUCUGCAGCCCAGUGACAGGCAUCAGCCCUUCUAAAGCCACAUACCAGAUAAUGCCCCAGCCUGCAGAACAACCACAGUGCAGUUCCACACAGGAAAUGACAUCGUCAACAGCUGCGUCCCAACAGAACUCCUCUCCACUGCCAUUGGUUCGUGAAGCGGGAGCAGUCCUGGAAUGUUACCCGUUCACUAACUUGGGAGUGCUGCCAGAAUUUGACCUUUCACCUUUGUCAUCCUCUGACUUCCUCAGUGGGGAGGGCCUUGGUAACCCACUGGAUGGGUUCAUCAACCUGUCCCCUCCACAAAGCCACAGCUACCACUUUGGCCUAGAGGAGCAUGAGGGCAUCACUGAACUGUUUGACUCUGACUUUGGAGACUUCACCCCACUAGAGUUGGGAUGGAGAGAAACACCCACAGAACAAGAAUGAGGUUGUAUCUCUAUGGAAACACCCAAUACACACCCUUUUCCCCUCAGAAAUGUAUUCCCAUGUGGCUAUAAUACAGAAUUGUACAGCACAGACAGUAAUGGCACUUAAGUCGUCUAGUAAGAGGUUAGCUUUAGAUGGCUAUUUAAUUUAUUUCUAUACAGAUAAUGUUUUUGUACCAAUAAUGUUUUUUUUUUCUCCCCUAAGUGGCUUGAGAAGGUGUACUUGUGGGAUAUGGACUUAUCAGCUUGGAAGCUAAUACUGAAUUUGUUAGGUAGGCAUUUUUGCCAUAGUCUCAGGUGUAAGGAAGAGUCAGACUUUUCCACUAAGAGUUGGGUUUCAGAUGCAUUUUAAGAAGUCUUACAGUAUGUUGGCCAAUGGUAAUGGCAGGAUAUAGCCUAUGUAGGUUAAGAGACCUUUUAUAGAUGAAGUUUGGGAUGGGGGUUGGGAUGUCAUGCCUUAAAGCAGUGGUUCUCAUUCCUGGUCCUGGGAACCCAAAGGGGUGCACAUUUUUGUUUUUGCCCUAGCACUACACACCUGAUUCAAAUCAUCAAAUCCUGGUCCCCAGGACCGUUUUUGUGCAUCUCUGAGCGAUGUUCUAUCGAUUCCUGGGGUCCUUUCAUGUUUUCAUGUCUAUCUAAGCUAUUGUCUUUUCAAUCUUGAGAUGCACAAAAACACUUACAUUCAAAAUGGGCAAACAUUUCCUUUAACAUUGAUUAGAUCUGUUUGGUAAUAUAAUUACCAAUAAGAAAAUAUUAUCUCUUUUAAAACCUGUCCAUAUUGGUCUACAGUUUGAAUAUAUUGUUUUACCAGGCUUUACAUUUGGUUGAUUUGUCAGUCAUACAUUAUAUCACAGUUUGUCAUUAUCAUGAACCUUAUCACAGCUCCUUUUCUGCAGGUCUUAUGCGGUGCCUUACAACAACAACAUAAAAGUGUUGGAUGGAUGCAAUUCAGGUGUUAUUCUGUGUCUAUAAUUGAGGUUUUUGAAUGAAAGUGUUAGAUUUGAAUUUCCUAACAGUAAAUUGUGGAUUACUACUAUUUGGGGCUGUCAGGCGACUUACUUUACUUGAGAAUUCAGCCACUGUGUUAAAAGUGCUUAAGGGAAUUUAACUCUGCAGUCAAUUUCACAUUGUUCAGCACUUUGUUUUGUAACAACAUUACAAAAUGAGCUUUUUUUUCCACAAAUUCAGUGGUGAAAAGAAUAACUUGUACCAAUCCGAGUUUAUCAAGCAUGUCUUUUGUAUCAAAUGUGUUUUUUGAAGAAUUAAAACAUUGCUAUAUGGGGUA